AUGCUGUCCACGAGAGCGGCGCCCAAGAAGGCCGUCGGCCUCUCACGGACCGCCGUGAGAGGCCUGGCAACUGUCCAGGACGGCGCCCCGAAGCGAACGUACGGCGGUCUCCGAGACCAAGAUCGCAUCUUUCAGAAUCUGUACGGACGAUACCCCGUCGACCUCAAGAGCGCGAAGCGGAUGGGCGACUGGCACAAGACCAAGGAGAUCAUCCUCAAGGGUCACGAUUGGAUCAUUGGCGAGGUCAAGGCCUCUGGUCUGCGAGGACGAGGUGGUGCUGGUUUCCCCUCGGGUCUGAAAUGGUCUUUCAUGAACUUCAAGGACUGGGACAAGGACAACAAGCCCCGUUACCUCGUCGUCAACGCCGAUGAGGGUGAGCCCGGAACUUGCAAGGACCGCGAGAUCAUGCGAAAGGACCCACACAAGCUCGUCGAGGGAUGCCUCAUUGCCGGCCGAGCCAUGAACGCGACCGCUGCCUACAUCUACAUCCGAGGUGAAUUCGUCGAGGAGGCCGCCGUCCUCCAGCGAGCCAUCAACGAGGCCUACGCCGACGGCCUCAUUGGCAAGAACGCCUGCGGAUCCGGCUACGAUUUCGAUGUUUACAUUCACCGAGGUGCCGGAGCCUACGUCUGUGGCGAGGAGACUUCGCUCAUCGAGUCCCUCGAGGGCAAGCCCGGCAAGCCCCGUCUCAAGCCCCCGUUCCCCGCCGCCGUCGGUCUUUUCGGAUGCCCCUCCACCGUCACCAACGUCGAGACUGUCGCUGUCGCCCCUACCAUCUGCCGCCGAGGAGGAAGCUGGUUCGCCGGCUUUGGCCGUGAGCGAAACCAGGGCACCAAGCUCUACUGUAUCUCUGGUCACGUCAACAACCCCGUCACUGUUGAGGAGGAGAUGUCGAUUCCCCUGCGUGAGCUGAUUGACAAGCACUGCGGUGGUGUUCGAGGUGGAUGGGAUAACCUCUUGGCCGUCAUCCCCGGUGGUUCUUCCACUCCUGUCCUGCCCAAGCACGUCUGCGAUGACCAGCUGAUGGACUUUGACGCCCUCAAGGACAGCCAGUCUGGUCUCGGUACUGCUGCCGUUAUCGUCAUGGACAAGAGCACCGAUAUUGUCCGAGCCAUCAGCCGUCUCAGCCACUUCUACCGCCACGAGAGUUGCGGCCAGUGCACACCCUGCCGAGAGGGCAGCAAGUGGACGGAGCAGAUCAUGAGCCGAUUCGAGAAGGGCCAGGCUCGCGAGCGGGAGAUUGACAUGCUCCAGGAGCUCACCAAGCAGGUUGAGGGUCACACUAUCUGCGCUCUGGGAGAGGCUUUUGCCUGGCCCAUCCAGGGUCUUAUCCGUCACUUCCGACCCGAGUUGGAGGCCCGGAUGCAGAAGUUUGCGCAGGAGUCUGGCGGUGCUCCUCUGGCUGGUGGAUGGAGUCACGACUCAAGGGCUCAGGGAAAGCUGGUGUCUCCUGGUCAAUAA